AUGGCACCCACAAAAUCUGAAUUACAACAAAUAAUGGAAAAAUUGGCUGCUUUAGAAUCAAAAAUCGAUAAUAACAACACAAAAUUUUCGUCUUUUUCUAAUGAAAUUCUUCAAAUUAAAAAUGCUUUAACAACAAUUGAAUCAAAAAUUGAAACAAUUGAAACAAAUUUUAAAAACAAUGAGUCAUCAGCAAGUGAACAAGAGCGCAACCGUUCUAUUGUUGUUAUUGGUCUAGAAGAAUCUAAAUCAACAACACCAUCAAUUCGUGUUGUUGAAGAUAAAGCUGCAAUCGAAGAUGUACUCAACUUGUUGGGGGUUGAGAGCCCAUUCGUUUCAUACAGAAUGGGUAAGUAUGACCCAACUGCUAAAGGUUGUCGUUUACUUAAAAUUGUUUUUGGUGCUUCAAAGUUUCAGCGAAUUACACUUGCUGAAUGGAAACGUCACAGAGUGGAAAUGAAAAAAGAAGCUAAAUGGUCUCGUUUAUUGAUUAGGCCAAGUCUAACUCGUGAACAAUUGGAAGCUGAGAAAAUUGAACGUACUAAGAAGCGAGAUGAAUACAAUAAAAGAAUGAGUGCCAAUGUGACUGAAAGAACAAAAAACCACUAA